CACCGAACGUAUGUCCACGCUGUUUUAAAUAUAGCAACAUUUUGAUAGAUCUUAAAAAAAAUCUCAUACUUCACAAUUCACAUUACCUCCGGCGCCAUAUUGCUGUCCCCGUGCGUGCGUUUGAUAUUGAAUCACUCGGCAUUUAGCUGUUCCUGAGCUGCAGGUAUUUAAAUCGACCUAAUAGGCUUCUUCUUAAACGUGUAUAAUGGGUGACCGAAACAAUCCCAUAAAGUUUGGUCCUGAGUGGCUGCGCAACCUCUCCAGAGAGCGUAGUGCUAGAUCUAACAACAACCAUAACAUGAACCCCAGUUCAGGCACUUCACCAAUGGCUGGCUCCUCCGGAGGACCGGUGGGAGCCACAUCACCUAAUGCUAUGUCUUCAGCAGCAUCGCAAUCUACAAAUUCUACAACACCUUCAAAAGUCCUCCUUGCCAAACUUAGGUAUGGUCGGGAGGAAAUGCUAGCUCUAUAUGAUAGAAAUGCAGAGGCACCACCAGAGUUGAAGGGUAUUGAAACCUUGUACCAACCACGUGGAAAACAACCGGCAGCACUUAACAACACAUUUGAAGACGAUGUCGUGAGUAACAAGAACAUGCACAUAAGGGAUAACUUGCGAAGUGCUCCACCCAUUGGGCAUCCAUCCCCAUCUGGAGACAGAUUUAUAAUAGGACGUGGUGUUAGAAGUCUCUUUAAUGACGGACGCGGCAGGCCCCGCGGUUCAUACAUACGUCACCCAUCUUUGGGAAGGGGAGGGUUGUGGCAUAUGGGUCCGAGGAUGCCUGCGUUUAAUGUCGGCGUGGAUGAAGACGUUGGACCCAGUCCUCGUCCCUGGGUUAAUAACAGCCUUAAUGUCAGCAACAGAAAUAGUGGCGAUCAAACGGAUUGGUCCACUAAAAUGUACAGGAACAAAAGGCCAGGCAAUAACACCAAUUGGCGACAGACGCAAUCUACCAGCAGGGAUGAUGGAGAGGAGUGGCGGUCCUCGGAGCCGGGCAGAUCACGUCAACUUGAGAAAUGGGAUAGGGACUGGGGCGACAGACCCUCCAAUGACAAACCUCAGCCUUGGAACAAUAGGCGCACAUGGGUCGCUGGAGAUUCGCAAAAUAAUGAAGAAAAUUUGCCGGAAUGGGCCGUUGAGAGUGCGGAGUGUGGAGGCACAUUUGAUGCAUCAGGAGCCUUCCAUGGUUACAGUAAUGAUGACAGCAACCUGCCUAAACAGCAAGAUUCUCCGUAUCCACUAACAAGGUCUCACACCCACGGAGGUGUAACAAGAUCGAAAAUAUUAGAAGGUUCAGAGGAAUGGUGGGCUUCAGAAAAAGCUAAAAAAUUGUCACCGAAACGUUUUGACGCAAGCGAUCUCAAAUUUAAUAAAAAGCACGCUGGUACUGGAACAACUGAUGGUUCCAGUGCCAGUGGAACUAACAAGUCAGAUGCGAAUGAAGACCUCCAGGAGAUACCAGAAAAGUUGGAAGCUGAGCCAGAUGAGGAGGAGGAAGAAGGAGAGGCCAGCAACGCAAGCCAAGGUGAAAACCAAUAUGGCGACGAUAACGCAUUCUCAUCUGACAAGUUUACAGAGAGCAAAACGUUUGACGCACUCAUGAGGUCCGAUAUUGAUUUAGAGGAGGCAAGUGAUGAGCGGGGCAACUUCCAAUCUGUCCUCAUUAAUGCCAACAACAGUCUGCGUCAGAAGCAUCAACAUCUGGUGCCCUCUAUGAAGGAGGGUCCAGGGACAAUACAUAACAUGAAAGGACCAAUGAAAUCGAACCAAGACAUGGAUCUCAAUUCACUCAAGUCUGCUGAAGAAUUGCUUGUGGACAACAUAUUUGGUAUGACACUUGAUGACAAAGAAAUGCAUUCCACACAAUCGUCGAACUCAUUUUCCAAUUCUAGUAUGUCAUCGUCGAUACCACAAAAUCAAAAUAUGCCAAUGGGCAUGUCAAAUACUGCACUGCCUAACCAUGGCAUUGGCAUGGACAUGCACAUGAACAGCCAGAACUUACAAUCACCACCAGUGCACCACGCGGGCGGAAUGCCCCCCGUGGUAAUGAAUGCGAGUGGUAUGCAGCCAGGGAUGCCGUCAGGCAUGCAGGGAGGGUUACACAUGGGCGGUAUGCCUGUCGCUAUGCAGAAUGCUGGAUUUCCAUCACCCUUACAAAAUAUGCCAGGGAUGCCCUCAGGCUCUAUGCAAAAUUUGGCGGGAAUGUCCUCUGGUGGUAUACAGAACAUGCCAGGUAUGCAAGCGCCACGUGUACAAACUCCUGGAAUGCAGCCAGUUCUGCAAAACGUGGGUAUAACCAACUCUGCGCUCAACGCAUCGUUGGGCCUGCCCAUUGGCCCGAAUAUUGGACAACCUUAUCAAGGCAUGCCACAGCAAGUCAUACAAAAUAAUUCUACUCUGGGUUCGCCCGGCAUUGGUGUACUUGGAUCAUCAUCAAUGCAGAGUGGAGGGAACAUGCCUGGGUUCCCAUCUGGCGGUGGCAUGGGCGGUAUUUCUAAUAAUGGAAAUUCAUCUUUGUUCAUGUCACAAAAUUCUAAUAACACAUCGAUGUCUGCUGCAAGUGACAUGCCAAUGUCAAAUCAUUCGGGUCAAAAUAAUAUGAUGAUGAACUUAGGUAUGCAGGGAUCUCAAAAUCCAUUCGGCAAUUCUAUUUAUGCUAACAAUCCGAUGCCAGGUACGAGCUUAAUGGAUCAAUGGUAUUAUGAGGACCCUGAGAGGAACAUCCAGGGUCCAUUUUCUUCAAAAGAUAUGUACAGCUGGUACAAAGCAGGCUUCUUCAGUCCGAGCCUGAUGGUGCGCCGGGCUUGCGAAACUAUGAUGAGGCCAUUGGGUACCUAUGGGCCAGUUGUACCAUUUGCUCAGAUGGAUGUGAUGUCGCAGUUCCCAAUGUCCAGUGGGUUCGAUCGUCCGCAGGGUGGACACGACAAUCUGUUGAACUCGCAGUCACUCGGUCUUGAUGUCAUGAAUAUGGGUUCUAUGAAUUUACCCGAUAGUGCUCCCAUGGAUUUGCAAUUUGGAUCUGUGGGACUAUUGGCAAGCCAAAAUUAUGCCCAACCGCCAAUGGUGGAAUCGCUUUGGAGCCAAGGCCCGACAUCAUCUGGCGAUAUGAUGUGGAUGCAACAGCCGCGCAACCGCUCUGAAGCUCGGGUCAACAACCUCCCGAUCUAUUUCUGGCAGCAACAGCCCUCAGCCAUCAAUUCAAAUUCUCUCCUACCGGAGGAGAUUGCCAAGGAGAUGAAGACAGAAGAUCAGAUCCUGGCGCAGCUGCGUGCCACGCAGAACAUGGGCCCGCCGCCGUCGCAGCCGUUCAUGAAUGAGCUGCAGGGUCCCGCUCCGCCCACCGCCAGCGCCGAAGACUGCUUCCCUCCAAACGUCAGUGCGACUCCCAACCUGGAGGAAUUGCAUAAGCUCAUUCAGAAGGAGACAUUGACAGGCCAGGCCCCAGUCAACAACGUGCCUGAACCUGAGAUCAUUGAGCAACAGCCUCCGGUGGCGAAGCCUGUGAAACUGGAGCACAGUGUGAGCGACUCGAGCGUCAUCAUUGUGAAGCCGGUAACUCAGAAGAACGGUGCUGACCCGAAACAGCAGAAGCAGGCUAAGGAGGCCGACAAGACCGCAAAGAACAAGGAGAAUAACAACACGAAGAAUAAGAAUAAGAAAGCUAAAGAGGAAAAGAAAGAUGAAGUCGAUAAUAAAGUGAAGGAGGAGGAAGCUGCCAAGGUCGAGAAAAGAUCACAGGAACCAUCGCCGUCCAAGAGCAAGAAAGAAGAAAAAUCCAAUAAGAAAGACAUUGAAAAAGAGAAGAAGGAGUGGAUCAAGGAAGGCUUCACUAUUGUGAAGGGAGCGGAAAAGAGCUCAAAUAAGGAUAGUAAGAAAAAGGCGGAGGAAGCGCGCGCUGCUGAAGAGGCUGAGCGUAAGAGGAAAGAGGAAGAGAAAUUAGCUUCAGAGGAAGAAAAGAAGAGAAAGCAGUUGGAAACGGCUAAGAAGCAGCAGGAACAGCAAGCGCAGCAACAACAGCGUCAGGCGUCCGAGUCCGUUAUAAAGAAGGCACCGUGGUCCUCGGUCACUAGCCAAACCAUGCAAGCCACGAACAAGGACGGGCUCACGCUCGCGGAGAUACAGCGACUCGAGCGCGAGAAGAAACUAGAACAGAUGAAAGAACAACAGCAAAUGAUGCAGAUCAUUGCGCAACAACAAGCCGCCGCCCUUGCCCGGGAACAGGAAAUGCAGGCCGGACUGGGUUGGGCCAAGAAAAAGGGCAACAACAACCACACGCAGGGCCCAAGUUUAACUGAAAUCCAGGCGGAGACUCGCAAACAAGCCAUGGCUGCAGCUGCAGCGGCUGCUGCUGCCAAGGUCGUUGAAGAGGCUGAGGCCGCCGCAGCCCCACCGCAAACCAACCACGCCCCAUGGGCCAACACGCAUAACGGAGUGGGUGGAUUCUGGGAUACCCAGCCUAAAGACAAGGGCAACGAUGCUCCGAAGCCGUCUGAGUCGACCGGAGCCAAGUCUAAGAAGAAGCCGACUCUUACCACGCCACUGAAGAAGGACAUGGCUCCUUCGAUCGAGUUCGAGUCCUGGUGCACCAACGUGCUCUCUUCCUGGAGCUCAAAGAUUGAUGUACCAACAUUUGUUGGCUUCCUGAAGGAUAUUGAGUCACCUUACGAGGUGAAAGAUUACGUCAAAUGCUACCUGGGCGAGUCGAAGGAAUCCAACGAUUUCGCUCGCCAGUUCCUGGAGAGAAGGUCCAAACUUCUCCGCGUCGGAAUGGUGACGCCAUCUGAUGACCUAUGCUCCCCUGCCAUCGCGGUGAACCCGCGCACCACCUCCGGCUCUGACUACCAGGAGGUAAAGGGCAAAGGGAAGAAAUCUAAGAAGAAUAAGAUGCUGAAGGUCGACGUGCGCAUACUGGGAUUCUCAGUGACUGCCUCUGAAGACCGCAUCAAUGUAGGCGACAUCGACACCGUGUGAGGUAUCGGCGCCUACCCUCUCGUGUUCACUCUUAACUCGCCUUGUGAUAGCCCAUCGGAGAUAUAAACACUUGUGUCGACACUUAAUCUUAAUUCGUUCGAUGCCCCCGGGUGACUCGGCGUCGGCACCGCCCGCUGGUAUCCAUCGGGCCUGCUCGCGAGGCCGCGUCACCCCAUCGCACACUAACUCCCUCGAAUCAAUAAUACAGCGCGCUUACUCUCAAGCAGUCGACACUGUACAUAUUGUAGCUGGCGUUGACAAUACAACGUGGCACCGAGUAUUUCUUGUAUUUACGUCUUUUACAACUGCUGCAUGCAGUUACAUUAAUUUUUUUUCAAUGAAAUGAAUAAUAAUAUUAUUAUAUUUGAAUAAUAUUUGAUUUUAAAAAUUCGCCGUAUUGUUCAUAAGCAAUCAAUAAAUCCACUAUAGCUGUGGAAUGUUUAUUUAAUUCUUUCUGGUUACCAAUUUCGGAUACGACUGAUUGAGAACAUUCCAAAGCUAAACUAGUUUUAUUAUUGUUAUGGAUGAUACAGUUUUAAUUUAUUUACAUCGUAGUAAUACUUUGUGGCAUGUAAAGCUGUGUCGUCAGUGCCACCUAAUAUAUUUUUCUAGGUAUAAGUAUCAUAAGAAUUUGUACAUAUGUAUUAUUGAAUCGAGGCAUAUUACUGGCUGUCAAUUUCAUCUUCAAUACUUUUCUAAGCUGUGUAAAAUCUUGAACAAGGUUACCGAUUUAUUUUAAUUAUAGUAAUAAAGUGCAAGCAAAAUGUCUAGAAAUUAAACAUUCGCGUUACUUUCUAUAUACAAUCUGUAUUGUACAGGAUUAUUUAUAACUUACUAACAACCUCGCAUGACCGUAUUACUAACACUAAAAGCAACAAUUUUUGAUUUAUGACUUUUCAAAAGUCAUCAAAUUUUUGGGCAAAUAUUUAUCGUACAAAAAUUUUAAAGUUGAUUAAAUUAACGAUUUCUUUUGCUUCACAUGUGUGUAAUUUUAAACAAAUGUGAUGCAUACAAAUUAGAUUACAUAACAUUUAGAGUUUUUGAAUGAAACCCACUAAGUACAACCUUUGAUGCCAAAAACCAGCGAGGCUGCCCGACGCUGGGUCGUACGUGGCGGUCGAGUUUGGGAAAGGGUAACGCGAAUGUUAAAUUAUGGCGUAGUAAUAAAUUGUAUCUGCCAGAGUAACCAUUCGAGCCAGCUAGUACGUUGACCAUGGAAGCACACGUCAACUUUUCUAAACUAGAGCAUAAUAAACCACCGUAAUAUUGUGCCUUCAGUGUGUUCUGGCCAUUGAAUGAGUGAAGGAGUGUCAUCUUUGAAGCGUUUGUUUUGCGUCUUCAUUAAUAUUAAUAUUUUUCGCAUAUCGCAAAAAUGUGUUAUCUGUUAUACAAACACGUUCUUCGUCAGUUGUGAUUGCAAUUAUGGAGCAAUCACAUUAUGACAUAAAACGAUUAAUCUCAAUCCAAUGAAUUAUCAUAUAAAACCAAUCUAUUAAGAUCAACAAUAACAAAAUAUUCCUGUGUUGGUCGGAAUAGGUCAUAACGAUUAUUAUGUAGCAUAAUCUUGCAUGUGAAUGUGUUACAUUCAAAAGUUAAAUUAAAAUUUAAUUAAAUAUUUGUGCCGAUUCGCUUUGAUUGACGUGCUUGUGUGCUUAGGUUUAAGGUCGCCUGGCCGCACCUAAUGUUUCACCAUAGGUGUGAUACCUGGUAUCGAAAAUGAAAACCUGGAAUAACAUGCCACCGUAAGUUUACUACAUACUAUAGUCAAAUUAGGUCAAUUUUAACUAAGAUUAGAAGUAAUUUCUGGAGUUGUAAUUGUUUGUGAAAUUAAUGUGUGAUCUCUGAGGUUGCACUGUUCCUGCGUUCCUGCAUUCGAGAACGAAUGUAUGAUGCAUUCGUCUUUGAGUGCUUCGUUGUAGUAAAAUCGUGGAGCCACGUUAUUCGAGCUGUUGGUUUUUGUUACCAUGUAUCACACCCAUUCCUCACCUAUCUCUGCACUCUUUUAACAACGGUGUUACAAAUUCCUCAAUGUAAUCAUGGAACAGAUUCAAGUUGCUUUAGUGCCACUCCUCAGUGAGGAUCUUGCAGUGUUCUAGUCAAUUUCUACACUAAUAAAUAAAAUAAUGAAUUUCGUGAUAAUCCGUAAAUGAGAUUCUGGUAUAAUUACAGUAACUUCUGAAAUUAGCUCGAUUUUAAUGUUUUUUUUUAAUGAUCUUGAUUAAUUGUGUACAUUAGUAUAGCGGAUGUAUUUUCUAGAUUUUGGAAAAUACAACCGCGGGAUGCACACAAAUUAAUUCAGUAAAUUAACUAUCUUUAGUGAACUGAUGUGCAAUGAUUUUUAUCACAACUGCUUUAAACGAAAUAACUAUUAUGUAAUAUAUUUUGCGCUCAGCUCGCGUGGCUGUUUAUUUUGCUCAUUUAGAACAUAGUGGCUAUCUGUCACGUAAGUAAAUGCGUGCAAUGCAUUCCCGCUGCGUGAACGUUUCUCAUUAACGUUUAUUUAAUCGAUGGUGUUCAUUUUUUUAACAUUUGUGUAAUGUUUUAUAAUAUUUUCAGUAUGAAUUUCACUACUAUUGAUUUUAAUUCAAUGAAAUGAAUCAGUCGCAACUUUAUCUGCAUCCCUGCAUGAAAUUAUUUUAUGUGACAAUAAAAUUUGCCCCUGUAAAAUUGCUAUUCGAUGAAUUCAUUAUUUACUUUGUCCUGGUUUGCCUUCUCACUGAUAGUCUUGUAAAUUAUCAGAUCAUUGUUUAAAAUAAUGCUUUGAAUUAUUACUUAGGACUACACGAGGCAAGCUAGUACAGACUGAAUAAAUAGCUGUAAAAAUGUCCUAAUAUUAUUUAUUAAAACAAUUUAACGGGUAUGCUGUAUAUAUGUCCGUUUUUACGCCAGAAAAUUAACGCUCAGUAAUUAUUAUAUGUUAUUUUAAUUAGCCUUCGUCAACCUCGUCAUUUUUUUUAUUGCCGCCGGACCUUAGCACAAAUAUUAAUCCAUUCAUCCAUCCAUAACAGCCUUGUCUAUAUCCUCACUUUCCGAUUCUUGUUCUUGUCGAUGAUGUGUUCAAUGAUGCGCUCUUCGUGGUUCCUUGUAUCUUGCCUGAGCAAUUUCUUAAUUUGCCAUCGGAUCUUAAUCGUCUUCCUAGUUCUACAAGUUCUUAAAGCUUUUGGAAAUCUCCACCCAACCCAACAAGCCAGAUUCAUUUUCCUAACAAGAUGUUUGCCAAGUUCUUCUAUGCCACUGUUUCUAGUGUUCAUUCCCGUGUUCCCUGCAGUAUUCAGUAUUCUGGAUUUCGAUGUUAUUGUCCUGUGUGACGUUUGUUCUUCAAGACGGAGUCGUCUUUAUUUUCUUAUGUUAAUGCAUGAAGCUUGAACCAAGCCAUGGUCACUUCCCGUUGAGAAUUUAUUCAGUAUCGUUCUAUCAAAUAUUAAUUGUUCUAUCAUUCAUGUUGUUGUGCUCGUUCUUGUUGAUUCCAUUUGGCUGGUGCCAUGUCCAUUUGCGUUGUGGUAUUUAUGCAAAGUUGUUCAUUGCAGUCUGUUUUCUUAGCACAUAAGUAUCUUCCCAAGCAUUAAGAUUCGUGUUUGAAAGUAUUUCGUCGGAGGUUACUACGUGAAGGGUUUUUGAAAUGAUUUAUUAUAAUUUGUGUGGUAACAUUUUCUUGCAAUGUUCUGUACAUAUGACGACAAUAGGUUUGUAUACCUGAUGGGGUAGUGUAAUGUUGUGUAAAGUUCUGCACCUACUAAUAUUAAUAACUACUUCUUAAACGUCUAAUUUGUGUAUAGUUUGUUUGGCAGAAAUUGUUUAUGUCCGAUUUUUUAUUUAGUUUAAAGUUCGAACUACAUCAUAAGGAUUUUAAUAGUAUUUUAUGUAUAUAUUACAACCAUUUUAAAAUAUUAUUUAGUCGUUUUGUAUAGACUUUGUUUUUUAUCGAGCAUAUUUUGUAGUUAAUGUAUGACUUGCGGAUUUUUCUCUUUUUUAAUUUUCUAUUAACUAUGCGAUAUUACAGAGUUCUGAGGGCCUGUCCAUCACUAGUAGCAUGGCAAUCUCGGUGCGUCGUAUUUGUGUAACAAGAUAGCACGCGUGUUGUCCGAUAAAUUGGAGUAUGUUGACGACGUGUUUUUGUGUAGUUAGGCAAAGCUGUCAUACAUAUACAGUGUUGUGCAUGAAAUAUAGUGUCGUCUGUGUCGUAUACACACUACCGCACGUCGGCAGUUCGUGUGGCGACGGGGCUUGCAACCGGUUAUAUAAAGCCAGACGUGUUAUUUAACUUAUUGCCAUUAUCUUUGUCGUAAGAAUUUUAAGACAAUACAAAUUUGUCACAUAAUACUGUUCGUCGUUGCAUUAAACAGUAACAUUGUGAGUUUUUGGGAUCUCUUCGGGACGAAGAUCCAGGGGAUUGACAUACAGAGAUCGGAUAUUAUGAGGUUGAGUUGUAAAGCCAGUUAUUUUACUUUCGUCCUUAAGUCCUGGCAAAAGCUCAUCGUGUGUUUUAAUUGUUCAGAUUAAUAUUAUAAUGAAUUUUACUCAUUGGUGUAUUUUAUCGAAUGGUUAGUAGUUUUCAAAUAUUUCUGUGUGUAUUUGUCUCAAUAUGUACCAGAUUAAUAACAUUAUAUUAUAAUAUUGCAGUAAUCGUCAAAACGUUUUUCCAUAAGUGUAGUUUGAAAGACAUUUGUCUUUAUGAUAAUAUUAUGUACUUUAUGUAUUGUGUUACUGGAUAUCGAUGAAGUAAUUUAAUUACGCCACCUCACGUGAUACGUAGUCGACGUUAGACGGUAGAUUGGAGUUCACUUUACCGCCGUUUGCAUUUUCCGACAAUUUUAAAGUAGUGUUGUAGUAUUUUUCUUAUAUUAUGCUGAUUAUAAAUGUGUUUCGAUUUCAAAUAAUAGUAGAUCUAAAUAUUUGUAAAUAACACUCAAAUAUCUACAUGUUAGAUGUGUUACAAAUCAUUUUGCAUGAAAUGUCAGUUGGCUGAAUAAUUCCGACUAUUUGUAUUGUCAAUCAAAAUCAACAACUUUCUCCUGUUAUAGACGAGACCUUAACUCUGUGUGACUAUCUGAUACAAAUAUCUGUAUUAUCAAUUUACUCAUAUAAAACUAUAUUUUUAGAAUCUAUGAAUUAACAGUCACCGCGUAAUCCGGGGCUCAUAUUUUAGGAAUGUUUUCAACCGUAUUCAAGCUCCAAAAGAGUUUAAUUUUAACAGUUUCAUGUAGACAAAAUAAUGUAUAGUACAAAGGGGGCGUACGUGGGUUGUUGUCAGCAGUAUAGUACUGCUUCGACUGAUAGCGUAUGAUCUGUAAAGCAACACCUGUCUCCCAGAGACCUUACUCACUGUUCUUGACGCCACUUGGUGGCGACAGUUGGUAGGGCACGUCAAAGACAAAGCAAAGCGCCUUAGGAACUGUCACGAGGAAAGUGUAUGGAGGCCCGCUUGUUGUCGGGUCUCCCUGCUAGGCCCCCUUUACGAGGCGGACCCGGGCGCCCGGGCCCCGCGUCGUGUAGUUCCAUGUCGCGUGGAAACGAUUAAUGCUAAUAAAAUGAUUUGUUUUAGAAUCGUUACUAGUUUGUUAUAAAAAACACCUUGUCUUCUACUCUUCAUAAGUUGACACUUCGGGACUGAAUUAAAUUCAUGAGUAAAUUAGUGUUAAAAUUUCUACAUACAUUAACAAUGAAUGUGAAAAUGAGAAUGUAUUUAACGCUCACGUUGGUGUGUGUUGAUGUCGUAUUUUACCCUUGUGGAGAUAACUCAACUUUUAGGCUGUAUGUUCAUAUAAAUGUUUAUUUAUUUAGCGUGGCGGCCCGUACACUGUGAUACCGGCGACAUGUGUCUGAGCGUAUUACGUGGCAAUUAUUAUAAGUAGCAUUCUGUUACAGUGAAAUUCUUGUAAUAAAUUGUGUUUAUUUGUGAACUUGUUAUAUUUAUAUUUCGAUUUUAAUUAGUGAAAAGUGAACAUUUAAUGAAAUAGCAAUCAAUUCUUACUUUCGUCUUGGUACUAAGGUUUGUGGGUGUGUACAGGCCGCCUAAUAUAAUUUUUGUAAAAAAAUGUCCCAUACAGCCUUUGUCUAGCAUCUCUUGUAGGGUAAUAAAUGAAGCAAUAAGUGUAUGUAUGUACUGAUGAUGUAAUCUUUAAAUGUUAACUGUUUCGAUUUAUUAUAUGGAAAAUAUGUUUUACUUUAUGAAGACGUGUAAAUAUUAAAAUAGAAAUAAAUAAUAAAAAUAAUGAUCACUGA